CAUUCGUGACGCUUGCAUGAACAUUGACCGCAUGGUCAGAUUUUUUCAUCACAGGCAAGAACAUUCUGAGCCUUGUGACCAGAGCUUGAGCUGUGCCAGCGCGUUCCGAGUUAGUUGAUUUGCUCCUCUGCGGCCGUUGGGGCGUGAACUCAUGCAUCCGGAGGGUUGGCUCUGUGCCUCCCCUGCUUCCGAAACAUGCAAGACCCAUGCAGCGCACACGCUGAGGAGAUCACCAUUUACAUCUGUAGGAGAUUCCCGAGAGCUUUUCGCCAUCUGCAGUGACAUGUGCGGCUGCUACGCAACCUGAAUACUUUUUCUCUCGUCUGUGAGGAUAUAGGCAGCCUGGCGAUGCCUCGGGCUCUGAACAUUCCAUCUCUAUUCCGGUUGUUUGUCCAUCUGUCGACCAAUAUACCCGCUCAGAAAAUGCUCUUGCACUGGGUUCUAAGCAAGUUUUGGAUCAGUAGGGAAUGGAACUACCUGCCACAUCUACACCGAAGCUCCUCUCGAAUUUAAUUGUAGUUCUCAUCUGCUAUUUUGCACUAAAUUAUGGAUAUGCCAUCGAAUUCCAGGCAAUGUUGCCUCGAGCAACACGAGUGUGAUUCCAGCUGAUGAUCGAUGAAGGAAACGGAGCCUCGCCGUCUUCCAUAUUGAUGUUCCUUUGUUUGUUUGCUCGUUUGUCAGCUUCCCAGGACGUAGAGACGUUCAGCAUGUCUCAAAGAUAGAUUAGGCUUGGUCGAGGACAUUCUUGCUCCAGACGUGUCUCGGGACGUAGAUCCUGAGGAAAUUCCUGGAGAUAGAGAGAUCUGGAGGUAGAUAUCAAUGGAUGGUUCUCUGAUUAUUACUGGAUUUUAUCAAUUCUAUCUCCAGGUGAUCAACUUGCCCAAAACUCAGAGCUCAGCACUCGUCAGAGGUCGACCACUUAUUAGACUGGGGAACUGAUUUCGAGGCCGAACAGUAUAGCUGGGAAAACCUCCAAUUGCAGAACGACGAGGCAUUCGCCUUGAGGCUGCACCAGUGGAAGAGUCGCAUUCAGAUUCAGGAACAAUGUCGGGUCCGACGUAUUCUUCAAUUCCUAGCUACAGUCGAGAACAAUACUGUCGAGAGGCGUCCGUUCCCAUCUACAAUCGAGAAUACAGUCGAGAGUACAGCCUCACAGAAGCAUUGCCCGUCGUAGAUGACGAUGCUGUCCUGGAAAACCCCAUGUCACCAAUUUUCCAGUACAGUUUGAGUCUCAAGCAAAAUGCUCUGGAGAUUGAGAGGCGGCCUUCUCGAGUCCGAACGAUGACGAGCAUGCAACCCGGUGAUCGUCCCGAGGUCCAGCCAUUGGCUGGAAAGUCGUCUCCUCUACGCCUUCCAAAGCGACGCGCAUUUGAAAUAUGCAUUCAGAAUCUCACCUACAAGGUGAAGGUAAAGGAAAAAGCUCAGAAAGUGAAGAGGGAGAAAACACUGCUGAACCAGGUGACAGCCGAUGCGAGGCAUGGCGAGGUUCUGGGCAUCUUUGGUCCAUCGGGAUCUGGAAAGACCACGCUUCUAGAUGCUCUUGCUGGGCGGAUCGACCGAAGAUGCCUCGAAGGAACUGUGCUUGUCAACGGCAAGCCCAUCGACCACAAAUUCAAGCGAAUUUCUGGUUACGUAAUGCAGGACGAUUCAUUAUUUCCUCUGCUCACCGUCAGAGAAACUCUUCUCUUCAGUGCUCGUCUGAGGUUGCGAGAAAGCAUGACUCAAGCCGAGAAGCUGGAGCGUGUGGAGCUCGUCAUCCAGCAGCUGGGCCUCAGCGUGUGCGCCAACACACCAAUCGGCAAUGACGAGAUACGAGGACUAUCUGGGGGUGAGAGGAGGAGGGUAUCUAUCGGUGUGGACGUGAUUCACGACCCAUCAGUUCUAAUGUUGGAUGAGCCGACCUCUGGUUUGGACAGCGCGUCAGCUCUGCAAGUCAUGGAGCACCUGUCAACAAUUGCCAAGCAGCAUGGGCGCACGGUGCUUUUAACACUUCAUCAACCUAGCUACUCGAUUCUCGAAUUGAUCCACAAUACUCUUGUGCUUGUUCAAGGGAAUGUCAUCUACCAUGGACCGCAUGUAGGGAUGAUCAACUUUUACUCAGACAUGGGUUAUAACAUGCCCGAACAUAUGACAGUUGUCGAAUACAUCUUAGAGUCUGUAAACAAGAUCCUAGAUAGGCCCAAAGGCCUCCACAAAUUGGUCGAAUAUUAUCAUGAUACGAGAAGUCAAUUGAAAGAUGAGCAGAUCAUCGUUCAGCCAGCAGUCGACCAACCCAGCACUUAUGCAACAACCUUCUUCACUCAAACUGUCGUUCUAGCCGAGCGAAGCCUUAUAAAUAUAAUCAGAACAAAACAAGUUUUCAUCGCCAGGUUGAUCAUGAUGGCGGUGGGAGCUUUCGUCAUGGGAUCCCUAUUUAUUCGGUGCAAGCACAACGAGAUCGGAGUUCGUCAACGCCAAUCAUUUUUCGCAUUUGCGUUGGCGUUCUUUUUAUUUGGCGCCAAUCAAGCACUUCCACCGUUUCUAGCUGAACGCAAGAUCUUCAUCAGGGAGACAGACCGAGGAGCUUAUCACACUUCCGCCUACGUUUUGUCAGGAUGUUUAAUCAUUCUUCCAUUCCUCUUCGUUUUUGCUAUUAUUUUCACAGGGAUAUCGUAUGCCAUGGUGGGACUCGAGGCCAGCGUUUCUGCCAUAUGCUUCUUCCUACUGGUUUUCUUCGUGGCAUUGGCGAUGGCCCACUCCUUCGUAAUACUCAUAGGUGGAUUCUUUCCAGCUCUGGUUCCUGCCGGCAAUUUCCUCGAGGCUUUCUUCUCAAUCACUUUCCUCUUUUCUGGAUUCUUCAUACAAAGGACUGCCAUUCCAAAGUACUGGCUGUGGGUGCAUUAUCUUUCUCCCUUCAAGUAUCCGUACGAGGCUUUGAUGUACAACGAGUUUUCACACUUGCCAGGCUUGGUUUGGUUCGAUGAUCUGGACUCACAAGAUAUCCUGGUCAGACUUGCCCUGGACCAUGUGAAUCCGUGGAGAAAUGUCGGAAUGAUGGUAGUGCUGUGGGGGAGCUUCACGAUACUCUUGUACUGUGUCCUGAAGCUCAAGGCCAGCACUGCCAGACACUGAAAACGAUAUAGCUGCGCAACGAACGGCGCUUAGUCGCCGUAACAGUAGAAGUCUAGAUCCAAACAACCUCAACUGCGCAGGUGUUCAGGUCCCGCUUUCUGGUGUAAAUAUUAACACUCCUCGAGAGGCGCAACUGCAAGCCCCAUCUGAAGGAGCUCAGAAAUCUGGACUCGCAACUCACAACACCUCGACCUUUGUCGGAUCCCUCAUACUCUUCGAUUUCUAGACCGACUCUAGUCAAAUCUUCUGAUUGUACUGUAUUACAUUUAAAGCGUAAGAAAUUUUGAUCCCUCAUUUCUCGCCAUUCUUAUC